UACAAAACUGCCUCAUUUCUUACUUCAAAAUGCAUUGAGCCCAAUUUUACUAUUUCCCUGUAUUUGCAGAUUUUGGAAAUGAAUCCAGAAGACGAGGCCGAGGAAGAUGGUGCUAACAUUGACCUUGAUUCACAAAGGAAGGGAAAAUGUGUUGUUUUGAAAACAUCUACCCGUCAGACAAUUUUUCUACCUGUUGUUGGACUUGUUGACCCUGACAAGUUAAAGCCUGGUGAUCUUGUUGGAGUGAACAAGGAUAGUUACCUUAUUUUGGACACACUACCAUCUGAAUAUGAUUCUCGAGUUAAGGCUAUGGAGGUUGAUGAGAAACCUACUGAAGACUACAAUGACAUUGGAGGAUUAGAAAAGCAGAUCCAAGAACUGGUUGAGGCCAUUGUGCUGCCCAUGACACACAAGGAGCGGUUUCAGAAAUUGGGGAUCCGGCCACCUAAGGGAGUUCUUUUAUAUGGACCUCCUGGUACUGGAAAAACUUUAAUGGCCCGUGCUUGUGCUGCACAGACGAAUGCUACUUUUCUGAAACUUGCAGGCCCACAAUUGGUCCAG